AUGGCGGCCAAUCGGAUCGUCAGAGUGACUAACAACAACCACGUCCUGCCGCGCUGCAAGUCAGAAGGAACUCUCAACGACGUCAGCGAAGGAAUCAGCAGCACAAGCUUCAACCAUGUCAAAGUGCCUUCUCCGAGUGCCUUACGACUGGACACUUCGUCAUCGUUGGGAGCAGUGCAGGAAGUAGUUGCCAUAAAAGAUUAUUGCCCCAGCAGCUUCACCACUCUGAAGUUCUCCAAAGGUGACCGGCUGUUUGUGCUGGACACGUCAGGCGGAGAGUGGUGGUACGCCCACAACAACACAGAGAUGGGCUACAUCCCGGCCACCUACGUCCAGCCGCUCCACUUCCGCAGCUCCACCCUCAGCGACAGCGGCAUGAUUGACGGUUUUGGUGAGGACCAUGAGGAAGGGUUGAAGGAGUUUGGAGAAUGGACAAAUGGUGUAACGUUGAAACCGGCUGCCAUUUGUAAUCCCUUCUCCAUCAACCCUCCUAAGAGUCAUUUGGAUCAAAACGGAAAAAGUAAAAGAAACUCAACCGACCUUAUUCUUUUUGAAAACCCUCCGUUGACAAUUUCUAACUUGAACACCAGCUCUGUUCCAAAUGGAUUUACCCACUGCCACUACACCAGCACUCCGAUCACAAGUCCGAUCCAAGAAUAUACCUCAGAUUUCUUCCGGAGCAAGCGUUCUCACAGCCUUUCAGAACUUUCAGUGUUGCAGGCACAGUCCAAUCCAUCGCUUUCAUCUUCUGGAUUCUUCACUGGUCUCAAAGCUCCGUUACCAGAACAGUUUCAGAGCCGGGAGGACUUCAGGACUGCUUGGUUAAACCAUCGGAAACUGGCCAGGUCUUGCCAUGAUCUUGAUUCCUUGGGUCAAAGCCCUGGUUGGGGUCAAACUCAACCUGUAGAAACCAGCAUCGUGUGUAACCUCGAUAGUAACGGAGGCGUCGUUCAACUUCCAGACACCAACAUCAGCGUCCACAUCCCGGAAGGCCAUGUGAGUUCCGGAGACUACCAGCAGAUUUCUAUGAAGGCUAUGCUAGAUCCUCCGCUGGAGCUGAACGGUGACCAUUGCUCCACUGUCAGUCCUGUUGUGGAGAUAAAGCUUAGCAACAUGGAGAUUAAGUCAUUCAUCGCGCUCGAGAUUAAAUUAUCUAUUUCCAUUAAGAACAGUAGCAACCACGAGGCUAGGAUGGUUUGCGUCCGGAGCGACUGCAAGGAAGGACCAUAUAUUCCAAUCCCCAACGCCUAUAUCUACAAUGACACAGUCCAAGUCCAACUGGACAGUCUGGAACCUUGCAUGUAUGUGGCCGUCGUUGUCCGAUCAGUAAAUAUUAGACCUAAUUCAACUGUUUGGGACCAUGUGCGAAGGAAGGUGACUCUGGGAUUGUACGGCCCUAAACACAUCCAUCCAACCUUUAGAAUAGUAGUGGCAAUGUUCGGCCAUGACUGCACGCCUAAGAACUUAUUGGUGAAUGAGGUCGGCCGACAGACAUGUUCUGCCCCGCCUGUUUCUCUGCAGUUGUGGGGUAAGCAUCAGUUUGUUCUCGAGUAUCCCCAAGACCUCAAAGUCGGUCUGUAUUCAAACAUGUCCAACUACCAGGUGAAGUCAGCGGAAGGUGCUGGUAUGAUACAAGGGUUUCAGGUUAAGCUUGGGAAAGUGACCCGGCUCCUCUACAGGAUCUCGGCUCUAGAUCCCAGCAGUGUUUUCGACUUCACGCUGAGAGUUCAGGCUUUUGCUGACGCCCUGGGAUAUGGAAACCUGCCACUGCAUUAUUUCUGUCGGACUGAGUUGGACAGCGAGCCAGAGAAGGUGGCAUCUGUUCUGGAGAAGCUAAAAGAAGAGUGCACCAACAUGGAUGUCAAGGAGAAUAAGUCCUUCCAGAGAGAGCUGAUGAUGGCCCUGUUGAAGAUGGACUGCCAGGGCCUGGUUGCCAGAUUGGUGCUGGACUUCGUGCUGCUGACCACGGCGGUGGAGGUGGCGUGCCGCUGGAGGGAGCUGGCAGAUAAACUGGCCCGAGUGUCCAGGCAGCAGAUGGACGCUUACGAGGCCCCGCACCGCGACAAGAACGGCCUCCUGGACAACGAGGCCAUGUGGAAGCCAGCCUACGACUUCCUGCUGACGUGGGCGGCUCAGAUCGGCGACAGCUACAGAGACGUGAUCCAGGAGCUCCACGCGGGACUGGACCGGAUGAGGAACCCCAUCACCCGCAAAUGGAGGCACCUGACCGGGACCCUGAUCCUGGUCAACUGCCUGGACAGUCUCCGCAGCAGCGCCUUCAGUCCCAGCGGCUACGGAGACUACGCCAUUUAA